CUCCCUCACUUUCAGAGUACUCCGUAUCUGGUAGACUAGUGCAGAUCACCAGCUCAUCGGCGCGUCCGAGGAAGGAAGCAAUGGCGGAGGUGAGCAACAAGAGGGUGAUCCUGAAGCGCUACGUGACGGGGUUCCCCGCCGAGGACGACAUGGAGCUCGUCCCCGCGACGGCGCGCCUGGCCGUGCCGCCCGGGUCGAACGCCGUGGUGGUCAAGAACCUCUACCUCUCCUGCGACCCCUACCUGCGCAGCCGGAUGUCCGGGAACGACGAGCCCAGCCACGUGCCGGACUUCGUCCAGGGGGAGGUUUUAACCACUUUGGGCGUAAGCAAGGUGGUGGAAUCCGGGCACCAGGAUUACAAGCCCGGUGAUCUGGUGUGGGGAAUGACAGGAUGUGAAGAGUACACUUUGAUCACGGACCUGCAGUCACAUUUCAAGAUCAACCAUCCUGAAUUGCCGCUGUCAUACUACACAGGAGUUCUUGGCAUGCCUGGCCUUACUGCCUAUGUUGGAUUUUUUGACGUGGCCAAGCCAAAGAAGGGCGAGUAUGUCUUUGUGUCGGCAGCGUCAGGCGCCGUUGGACAGCUUGUCGGGCAACUUGCCAAGAUCUCUGGCUGCUAUGUGGUUGGUAGUGCCGGUUCUGAUGAGAAGGUCAACCUCCUAAAAACAAAGUUUGGGUUUGAUGAUGCCUUCAACUACAAGAAGGAGCAGGACCUGGACGCCACACUGAAGAGGUGCUUCCCAGAGGGCAUUGACAUCUACUUCGAGAACGUGGGUGGCGCGAUGCUGGACGCGGUGCUUCUUAACAUGAGGUUGCACGGGCGGGUGUCGGUGUGCGGGUUGAUCUCGCAGUACAACCUGGAGCAGAGCGAGGGCGUGCGCAACCUUUUCUGCAUCAUCACCAAGCGCAUCCGCAUGGAGGGGUUCAUCGUGACGGAUCACUACGGCAGCUACAGAAAGUUCGAAGAGGAGAUGGCCGGCUACCUCAAGGAAGGGAAGAUCACCUACGUGGAGGAUGUCGCCGAGGGGAUCGAGAGCUUCCCGACGGCCCUCAUCGGGCUCUUCUACGGGCGCAACAUCGGAAAGCAGCUGGUGGUCGUCGCACGGGAGUGACGUCGCAUACCAGGAGUCCUCUUGGAUUGAGAAGCACUGAUGUGCGUUCAGAGACCAGAAUUCAGAUAAUAUAUAUAGAGAGAGAGAGGUACUUAGUCCGGUUUGCUGGAUUCAGCAUGCUUUGAGCCAGUGUUUGGAGAAAGCAGAAUUCUACUUAGGUGAACCAGGAAGCUGGAAUGAAUUAAUAAUCUUUACUAGUAUAUAUAUACAAGAAUAAAAGUGGCUAGCUAGCUUCGAUUUGGUGCA